AUGUUAUUAUUAUUAUUACUAUUAUUAUUAUUAAGUAUUGUGAAUUCUUCUCUUCUAACAGGGCUGUCUUGUUCUUCUUCAAAUUCUCGUGACCAAAACAUGAACAUUUUAUUGCAAAGUUCAUCUGGAGUCAUUGAAAGCCCAGGGUAUCCAGAUGGUUACUCUUAUGAGGUGAUCAGCCAAUGCCACUGGAAGUUAGUAGCCCCAGAGGGUAAAAUGGUUCGCUUGACAUUUCUGAGUUUUCAAAUGAAUGAUUAUGAUAUAGUGGAAAUCAAAGAUCCUGUUGAUAAUUGGAGUGCCUACCGCUCGAUAAUGCGAUCUGGUUAUUUGCCUACAUUCACUAUAUUCUCAACUGGACGGCAGCUUGAGAUAAAGGUGUCAGGAAAUCGCGGAAAAACUGGUCCAGGAUUUUCUGCAACUUACAAGAUGGUACCUGCUGCAGGUGGGGACAAAGAUAUUCUUGGUUUGGCAUAUUAUACAAAUCACUUUUUGCUUGUUAGACUGUUAGACUGGUUUGAUUCAGUGUAAAAUACGAUGUUAAGAAUGAAUUUUGAGACAGUAUCCCUUCCAUUGUGGGGACCAACUGAGCCUCAAUACUCUUAGCUUGCAGAGCAGGCAUAAUUUUGGCAAGCGAGUGUUCAGUAUUUUCUUAACAGAAAUUAUGGCCACCAUCUUUGAUUUUAAUGGCAGCAGAAGGCUAGGGAGAGAAAGAAAUUUGUAGCUAGGGGGCAGUUGAUGGUCAAAAAUAAGGAGAGGGGUAGGGGUAGGGAAAUGAAGGUUACCCCCAUUGUCCACUCCAACUCCAAAAUCAAACAUGGCCAGUCAGAUAAACAAUUGCGAGCUUAUAACAUUAGCUGGCAUCAAUAAGAUGCCUGCCCCGCAGGCUACAACACUCUCGGAGGGACUGUUAAGUAAGUUUUACUGUUUUUAUAUGUUUUCUAAAACAUAAGUUUUGAUAAUUAACCCUUUAACUCCCAGAAGUGAUUGGGAGAUAACUUCUCCCUAUAAUAUCCAUACACCAUUCAGCAAACAGGUGAUGAGAAUAUUAAAACUUAUCAUGUAGAGGAUGUUAUUAUUGAUCUAACACCGAAUUCUCUAACUGAUUGAAAAGAAGCUAGAGGGGAGAAUUAAAAAUCAGAUCCUGGGAGUGAAAGUGUUAAGAAAAUUGUAUGCUACAACACAGGAGGAUAUUGUUGAAUAUAACAACCAGUUAAAGGAAAAGCUGAAGGAGAAAUAGAUUCUUUUUAGUUGGGAGAAUUUCCUUUUAGAUGCCUAUGAAGAGUUAAAUUUUAACUUAAGGAGUUGCAUUGGUGCUAGAUUAUUUUGUAACAUGUCCUUUCUUUCUGCUUUUUUUUAAGUUUCACAUGGAAAAUGCAACCCUGAAAAAAAUACCACAGUGCACCUGACAGGUGAAGGGAUGAGUUUUUUUACUCCGAAAUUUCCUAUGUACUUGGGCAAAGGAGCUGCUUGUGUUUGGAACAUCACAGUUUCUGGUGGAAAGUUUAUCAAGCUGACAUUUUGGAGUUUCAGAGCCUCUGGAUGUGAGAAGAACUAUGCGAAUGUUUCUGAAGUGACAAAUGGCAAACAGACAUUCUUAGAAAAGUUCUGUGAUAAUCCAUACAGAAGAGAUCAGGUGGUAUACUCAACAGGACACAAUCUACUUAUCUCUGCACUAUUCAAGAAAGGUGGAUUUGUUGCCACCUUUGAGGCUGUCAGCACCAUUCCUGGUGGAGAUUCUUGUCUCAAUGAUGACGAAAUAGAGCUGAGUAGAAGUUCUGGUGAAUUUGCAAGUUAUGGCUUUCCCAAUCUCUACCCUAACGAUGCUAAGUGUACCUGGACAAUAACAGCCCCCCCUGGAUAUCUCAUUCAGUUAACUUUUAACUCAUUCAACUUGGAGCCUUCUCAAAAUUGUAAAAAAGAUUUUGUGAAGGUUGUGGAAGGCACACUCUAUAUUGAUAAUCCGGGUAACACUGUUCUUGGCACAUUCUGUGGUUCAACAUUACCAGGAGUUAUUCGAUCAAAAUACUCAACAAUGUACAUAAAUUUUGAGACAGACAGAGCAGGAAUGUACCGAGGCUUCCAUGCAAGCUUCAUAACAUUUCCUGACCGUAAGUGCUCAUUAUAUACAAGAUAUCCCUCAUUUUAAUUGGUCAAAUAUUUUCUCUUCUGCACCAUUAAUCACGUAACUGAAUAUAGGUGGCAAAAUGCAAGGAAAUGGCAUCAAUGUUCCACUAGUUCUGAUCCCAAAUUUUCAAAUCUUUCAUUCAAUACCAUGAAAGUCUUCUUCAUGGGUUGAUUCACUUUACAAGAAUGUGUUGCUGUCAUUACAGAAGAUAAGGAAAACCUGUUUGUUUGGAAAGUUGCUUUGAAUUCUGUAGCCAAUAUCUGUUUUCAAUGCUUGCUGCUUCUUAAGAAAGGGCUUUCUUUGUCUGGUUGAGGUGUGGACAAAGAAGAACUUCUGAGUCCUCAUAAAGAAUGGAGCCUCAGACUAAUGGUUUUAUUUUUUAACCAUAAUUCUUGUUACCAGUAUAUCAACAAUACUAUUACUUUUUUUAAAAACAAUACCAUUGUUGGUGGUGUAAAAAAAAGAUGGUGAAUUUUUAAGGCUGGUGUUCCAGUGAAAGAAGAUAUAAAUAACACAGACAUAAUCAGAGAAAAAGAACUCGGAGUGCUCCCAUUAGGAGUCAGUCCUCUGACUUUCCAUUAGUACUUUGCAUGCUCUUCCCACUGAGCUGUAGGAGACUCAUUGCAGGCUAGGCCAUUUAACUAUAGCCAGUGUGACAAACUUAUUUCAUACUCCAUUCAUCCAUCUUCAUUUGCAUCAUGAUUGUGCAUAAGCAUCAGAUAUUAAUAUUCCUAUCCUGGCAGCAUGCAGGAAGUUUGUCACUAUAGACCUAGUUAAAGGGCCUAGCCUUCCACGAAUCUCCCAUGGUCCAAUGAUAGAGCGUCCGAAGUAGUAAUCAGAAGGUGUAGGUUUGACUCCUAAUUUGCAGUACUCAGAGUUUUUUUCUUUGAGUAUGUCUGUGCCAUUCACUGAUUAACAUCCCCUUUUAAUGUUAUUAUUGACAUAAAUAUUAAAAACCGUUUCUGUUCUUUUUUUCAGCGAGUGUGGGACCCUGCAAACUUGAUGGAUUUGACAAUGUUAUUCAAAUGACAGGCAGCAAAGGGGAAGUUUUUUCGCCCAAAUUUCCUCCGGGGACCCCUCCCAGAGACAUGAUGUGCACAUGGACAAUCACAGUUCCUGAGAGACACUUUGUCAGGUUCAACAUGAUUUUAUUCAGGUUUGAUGGCGACUGCGGGAAAUGGAACACCAGCCUUGAAAUUCGCGAUGGAGGGAGUUCAGCCAGCAAUUUGUUAAAGUUAUACUGUGAAUAUAUCUUUUAUGGACGAGAGCUCUUCUCUAGCGGUCGGCAACUUUGGGUUAGGUUCAAAUCUCCCAGGGCUGAUUGGUCGUUUUCGCCUCGGUUCAGAGCAGUUUUUGAAGCAGUGAAACAAUGUAAGGCUUUAUUUAUUGAGUGCUGUUGAAUUUUUCUCUAUGUUGUGUUAGUUGCCAAUACGAAAGAGACAGUAUUUGCAAGGAAAAUCAUCUUUGCGGCGUCUUAACUAUUAUUGUAUUCUCAGUUAGUGCAUGCGCUAGGAUUGGUCAAUGUAGCGGGUUUUAUUUCACUCUACGGCCCGCUAAAUUCAAUAAUUUGUUUGAUAUGAAAUAUUCCUGCUAUAUUUGAACCCAGAGAUAUCAAAUAUCCAUGCUACCCUUAUUUCUCGGUCUGCACCGUAAGUUACGGAAACUCGUUUUUUUUCGCUCCGUGUUAGCCUGCGCGCCCCGCGUUGGGGCCGUACAUCCGUGUUGAAAAAAACUCGGUCCGCGAACUCGGUUUGCAAGAUGUACUUAAAAGCGAGAUUAUCUUAUAUUUAGGGGGCUUGUAAAUAAGGGGUCGUGAAUACUGACCUUUAACAGAGCGAAGGUAAAUAUUACACACAGAGACGUUAGGAACUGAUGUGCAUUCAUGCAUACAGCCGCUAGCGCGGGAAAACAUUUGCAACCAAGUCACGUUAGUUUUGAUUUUGCUUCUAAUUGGUCGAGAGCGUGUUUCACUUUUCUGGAACAGUAAUGCACUGCAGUGAUGAAAGGAAAUGCAUUACAAUGAAAUACCAGAUACUUCUACACUCGAUUUUAAUAUUGCUCUUUAGUGUUACCUUUUUAGAAAGGAAAAUUUUUUAAUUUUUAUUUUCGUAUUUUCAGUACCAGCCCCCUAUUCUUGCGUGACAGAUAAGCGCGACUUUGAUCUGUCGUCGGAGACUGGUGCCCUAGCCAGCUACAACUACCCUCUGCCGUAUGAUCUGCCGUAUACAGUUGACUGUACCUGGACAAUUAAGACUGGGAAACUGAGAAAAAUCCAACUGUGGUUCGACUCGUUUAAUCUAACAGACACCAAUCCAGAGUGUUCGCAUUCUGAUGUCGUCGAGGUCGGAGAUGGCGACUGGUCUCUGGGUGGGACACUGAUUGGAAAAUUCUGUGGAUCACAGAUGCCUCCAGUUAUAAACUCAAAUGACUCCACCAUGUGGGUCCGGUUUAUUACCACUGGAAAGACGAAACAUCCCGGAUUUAAAGCGAGCUACAAAUCAGUUGGUCGGUUUGAGUACCAUGUGUGCGUGUGGCAUGGAAAUUCUUUGGGUUUUGAGUUUUGCGUAUUUUACGGACAGCGGAGACGUAGCCAGGGGGAGGUCCAAUGUUACCUGUGCGCCCCUUACCCCCUCCCUCCCCCCCCCACUUUGUGAGAUGAUAUAUAUUUAUAUAUAUAACUAUUUCAAAACGCUCAACCUAUAUAAUCCAGGUGGCGAAAAAGCGCAAAUCCGUAGAAUCUACACGGCACGAAAAAUAUCUCGUAUGGUGAAACAAAACCUAGAUGUAGAUAUAACGUUGGGGUGGAGAAUCUAAGUGUUAUUUGCCUGAACCCCCCACCCUCCCCCCUCCCCACCCUUUUAAAAAUAACCUAGCUACGCCGUUGGUUGGUCUUCGACCCUUUUUGGGGAUGAGAGAAUCUGGCGGAGAUUUUAAACUUUCAUUCAACAAAAGGGUGGAUUCUCGAGCGUAUAUUUAUUUUGCUCUAUACGCGCCAAUAGCCCAUUACCCUGACGCGCAAAUAGUGGUUGUAACUCUCCCCAUAUCUCUCUCUCGGGGCCUGAAAGUUUUCCCCUGCCCCUCCCCCCUUAUCCCCCUUCUCCUUCCCCUUCCUUUUUCCCUCUUUGUUAGAACGAAGCCGUUAUUUAUUGUUGUUAUUUUUACUCUCCCCAGUGUCCACUCAAGGCAUUCUGGUGAUACUGGCCGGUUGUCUCGGUGGGGUUCUUCUUUGUUUAGUGAUUGGAAUUGGAUGCCGCAGAUAUUGCAGGUCACGUCGAUAUCGAGCCACACGCGGUGACGAAAUUUUAGUUAUUCCGUUGCGCGAAGAAGAUGUCGCCACUGAAUUGUAAAUGAGCCUGUUAAUAUGAACCAUGAAUUCUUAGAUCAGUGUUGCUUCAGUAAUACUAAAGCUGCACGUGAUUUUGAGACCAAACGAAGGGUGACUCUCUUGCAGCAAUUAUAAACUCCAAGUCGAUUUUUGCUCUCCAUGCACUGCAAGAACAUUGGUGGAAAGAAGAGAUUUCUCCUACUUUAGAAAUCACCUACUGGUGCUCAGAAAAAAAAGGAGAAAAAAAGAUGAACUUACAACAGGGGGUUGCUAUACCAAACCUAGAGUGAAGCUGGGUUAAUUUUGGUGGACCAUAUUCUGAAAAAUAUUCAGAAAAGUAAUAUAACUUUAUUUGUUUUGAAUUGUACACAUCACUGAAUUUAUAACACGAUGAUACCUUGGACAUUUUUAACUACAGUUAAACUGUAAUAUUAAAUGAGGUGCUGGCUAUAGUUACACAUAAGAUGUCCACAAAACGUGUGGUUAUGAGUGAUAUUGUUAUUAAGGACAAGUCAUAGAGUAUGGAGGUCGAAAAAUAGAUUGCUCCCGGCCUUCCAAUCCCCUUUACACGUGAAAUGCCUUGUUGAGUCACACAAACAACACCCUGAAACGUUUGUUUUUAU